AACGGCGUUACAGCCAAGUCGCAGCGGCCUGGGACUCUGGUGAAGGACAAAAGCUGGUAUCUGUGAAACUCGCCCAGCUGUUUUUUAUUUUGCACGCUAGUUUUGUUUGUUGAAAUAUGGAAACCUGCGUAAACUGCGAGGAAAACACGAGAAAAUACAAGUGCAGCAAGUGCGAGGCGCCCUACUGCUCUGUGGCUUGUUACAAAAAACAUAAAGAUUCCCCCCAAUGUACGACAAAGGAUUUGGUGGGAAAAAAGGCGGAAAGUGCUUUCCAGGAGGAACCCACGCUCCAUGUGCCCUUCAGCACAGAUGACACCGUUCCCGCAGAGAAGCUCCAGCAAUUAGAACACUGCCAGGAGCUGCGCAACUUGCUCCACAAUCCCCACCUCCGCUCGCUGCUCCAGCAGAUCGAUGUGGCCAUGAAUGCCCAGUCGACCAUGAUGGCCGCCAUGCAGGAGCCGCUCUUCGUGGAGUUCGCCAAUGCCUGUCUGCAGGUCGUGGAACCCAUGACGGAUGCAGAAAAGGCUGAGUUGGAGUUAUGCUCCUAGGCUAAUCCCAUAAAAGUUCCCACUUCAGAGUCUCAAUAAAUCCCACCAUGUAUUUUGUAACUAAUACAUAUCAAUAUCCUCUCCAGA